GUUUAUACAAUUUUUUUUCUCUAGCUUGAUCGUUGCUCUUCAUGUUUUCACCACUCGCAAAGGAAGAAAAAAAAAAUAAUAAUUGUUUUCCUACAAUUUUUUUUCCCAUAUAUCUCCCAUCUGUAUGUGAUUUGUUACCACGAUAAAUUUGCUCAAAAAAAAAAGUGAAAUCUAUUAAUUACAAUAUUAAUUUAAUUGAAUUCCAUUACUAAAAAACAAUGGCAUCCUUCUUCAAUGUGGGAGGCUUGGGCGGAAACCCUUUUUCCACCCCUGUUGGACAAAGAAUUGAACAAGCCACCGAUGCAACAUUAGCAUCGGAAAAUUGGGCUCUCAAUAUGGAAAUAUGCGAUAUGAUCAAUGAGUCUUCCGAUACAGCACGUGAUGCUAUGAAAGCAAUUCGUCGGCGUCUAACCCAAAAUGCUGGUAAAAAUAAUCAAGUGAUUAUGUUUACUUUGACAGUUUUAGAAACAUGUGUAAAAAAUUGUGGCAAAGCAUUUCAUGUCUUGGUUGCACAAAAAGAAUUCAUUCAAGAAUUGGUCAAAUUGAUUGGACCUAAAAAUGAUCCUCCAGCAAUUGUCCAAGAAAAAGUAUUGAGUUUAAUUCAAAUUUGGGCUGAUGCUUUUAAAAAUCAACCUGAAUUGAAUGGUGUUAAUUUGGUUUAUCAAGAACUUAAAAAUAAAGGAAUCGAAUUUCCCAAUACCGAUUUGGAUGCUAUGGCACCAAUUUAUACACCACAAAGGAGUGUUCCAGAGCCACCACCAGUUUUGCAUCAACAUCAACCUACGUCUCCACAGCAUAUUGGAGCACCAAAUCCGGGAGUAGCUUUAAGCGGACCGACUGUCCUCACACCAGAGCAGACAACAAAAUUACAAUCGGAGUUGGAAGUUGUUGGCUUUAGCAUGUCAAUUUUGGGUGAAAUGCUAAACGAGUUGAAGCCUGGCGAAGAAGAUCCAGAAGAUUAUAAACUUUUUACUGAUUUAACUCAAACUUGCAAGGAAAUGCAAGGAAGAGUUGUUGAGUUGAUUGGAAGAAUUAGCAACGAUGAAAUUACCGCUGAGCUGCUUCGUUUAAAUGACGAAUUAAACAAUUUGUUCUUACGUCAUCAGAGAUAUGAGAAGAACCGUGCACCCAAUGCUACUGGUACAACAUCUCCAUCGGCUAUAUUAGGUGCUGCUAUUGGUGUGCCAAGUCCCGCUGCAGCAGCAAAAGAUCCAGCUAAGGAAGCUCUGAUUGAUUUGAGUGAUACAGCUAGUGGAACAGAUUUGUUAACUUCACAAUUUUCUAAAUUUGAUGUGGGAUCUUCAUCAUCACAAUUACCAAAGGUUAACGAUGUUCCACCACCAGCAGGUGUUAAAACUUCUGCUACCCCACAACCAGCAGAUGAAUUCGAUAUGUUGGCACAAUCUCGUAAACAAAGUUCCGAAAUAAUAAGUAAAACUGGUAUAUUAAAAGACAUUCCAUCAGUAGAUGCAACAGCGGGAAGUGUCGGCUCACCAUUCAAAAAACCACCCAUGGAGGGGGUAAGUAAACUACCACCAAAAGAGAGUGAAUUCGAUGAAAUGGAGGCGUGGUUAAGCAAUUCUAAAGAGAAUGAAGGACCCGAAGAAACUCUCACUAGUACAGAAUUUGACAAAUUUCUAGCCGAGAGAGCAGCAGCAGCUGAAAGCCUGCCUUCCGUAGCAUCACCCGGCAGCGAUGAUUCCUCCAACAAUAGUCGCAAAAAGAAGUCAUCGAAAAAGGAAGAUGAAAACCUCCUUGCACUUUGAAGUGAUCCUCGUUGAUCCUUUCCAUAAAAUUAAACUUUAUAUUUAAAAAUAUUUUUAAAAUUAAGUAAACAAAAGAUAAAACAAAAAAAAA